AUGGAGUUAAACAGGGUCGCUGUUCGUGUGGAAGUCUCCGAAAGAAGUCUGUUCUCUUCCAAUUCCCUCUCUGUUUUGGCCUGCAACUAUCCACCGCUUUCUCCGGUGCUGAUCCAUUUAAGGCGGUCUUCGCCACUAAAACAGCACCCACUCCCGCUGCAGCUUGUCGCUGUUUGGCAUUCCCAACCAGCGCGAAACAUCGCCAGCAUUGGUUCGUGCGUGGGUGACACUUCGUCUUACUUAAAGGAGGUUUCAGGCCGUCUAAUGUCUCGCACAGAGGUCGGCCACGACCACCUGGGAUUUGCACUCACCGUGGCACGGGCGCACGCGCGCGUUGUGGGUGGUCCGGGUUGGGCGGGCGAAAAGGGGUCACCGGAUGACUCAUCGGCGCGUGCACAAACCGUUUUAUGGGAAAUUUUGGGUGCUCCGAGUAGGUCUCGCCCUCACUCUACCUUCCUUUGGGAGAAAGGGCGCUGCGUUAACUUGUCGGGUCGCUUUCAGGACGCGUUGGUAGAAGAGUGUCGUAUUAGUCCCGAAAGCCCCACGCAUCCUGAACUCGUAAAUGGCAGUCUUCCCUGA